GGGUCCUUCUGUGUGGUGCAGUCUUGUGGCAUUCUGCAGGCCCCCUGCCAGUGACCCCAGGCUUUUUAUGGCUGUGAGACUUAUUAAAAGCUCAGGGGUGAGAAGUGACCUUUUGAGGUGACUAUAACUGAAGAUUGAAUUAUAGAAGCAAAAAAAAAAAAGGUUUUUGAGUCAUGAUGCAAGAAUCUGGGUCUGAGACAAAAAGUAACGGAUCAGCCAUCCAGAACGGGUCCAGCGGCGGCAACCACUUACUAGAGUGUGGGGCACUUCGUGACACUCGGUCCAACGGGGAGGCACCAGCGGUGGACCUGGGGGCAGCCGACCUAGCCCACGUCCAGCAGCAGCAACAGCAGGCCCUGCAGGUGGCAAGGCAGCUCCUCCUUCAGCAGCAGCAGCAGCAGCAGCAGCAACAGCAGCAGCAGCAACAACAACAGCAGCAGCAGCAACAACAGCAGCAGCAGCAACAGCAGCAGCAGCAACAGCAGCAGCAGCAAGUUAGUGGACUAAAGUCUCCCAAGAGGAAUGAUAAGCAACCAGCUCUUCAGGUCCCCGUGUCAGUGGCUAUGAUGACACCUCAGGUUAUCACUCCCCAGCAAAUGCAGCAGAUCCUCCAGCAGCAAGUGCUGAGCCCCCAGCAGCUCCAGGUUCUUCUCCAGCAGCAGCAGGCCCUCAUGCUUCAACAGCAGCAGCUUCAAGAAUUUUAUAAGAAACAACAAGAACAGUUGCAGCUUCAACUUCUCCAACAGCAACAUGCUGGAAAACAGCCGAAAGAGCAACAGCAGGUGGCUACCCAGCAGUUGGCUUUCCAGCAGCAGCUUCUACAGAUGCAGCAGCUGCAGCAGCAGCACCUCCUGUCCCUGCAGCGCCAAGGCCUUCUAACAAUUCAGCCCGGGCAGCCUGCCCUUCCCCUCCAACCUCUUGCUCAAGGCAUGAUUCCAACGGAACUGCAGCAGCUCUGGAAAGAAGUGACAAGUGCCCACACUGCGGAGGAGACCACGGGCAGCAAUCACAGCAGCCUGGACCUGACCGGCACGUGUGUCUCGUCCUCAGCACCUUCCAAGACCUCCCUCAUCAUGAACCCGCACGCCUCUACCAAUGGACAACUCUCGGUCCACACUCCCAAGAGGGAAAGCUUGUCCCACGAGGAGCACCCCCACAGCCAUCCUCUGUACGGACAUGGCGUAUGCAAGUGGCCAGGAUGUGAAGCCGUUUGUGACGACUUCCCAGCCUUUCUAAAACAUCUCAACAGUGAGCAUGCGCUGGACGAUAGAAGCACAGCUCAAUGUAGAGUACAAAUGCAGGUUGUACAGCAGUUAGAGCUACAGCUUGCAAAAGACAAAGAGCGCCUGCAAGCCAUGAUGACCCACCUGCAUGUGAAGUCUACAGAACCCAAAGCUGCCCCUCAGCCCUUGAAUCUGGUAUCAAGUGUCACCCUCUCCAAGUCCGCAUCGGAGGCUUCUCCACAGAGCUUACCUCAUACUCCAACGACCCCAACGGCCCCGUUAACUCCCGUCACCCAAGGCCCCUCUGUCAUCACCACCACCAGCAUGCACACGGUGGGACCGAUCCGCAGGCGGUACUCAGACAAAUACAACGUGCCCAUUUCUUCAGCAGAUAUUGCGCAGAACCAAGAAUUUUAUAAGAACGCGGAAGUUAGACCACCAUUUACAUAUGCAUCUUUAAUUAGGCAGGCCAUUCUCGAAUCUCCCGAAAAGCAGCUAACACUAAACGAAAUCUAUAACUGGUUCACACGAAUGUUUGCUUACUUCCGACGCAAUGCAGCCACGUGGAAGAAUGCAGUGCGUCAUAAUCUUAGUCUUCACAAGUGUUUUGUGCGAGUAGAGAACGUUAAAGGGGCAGUAUGGACAGUGGAUGAAGUAGAGUUCCAAAAACGGAGGCCACAAAAGAUCAGCGGUAACCCUUCCCUUAUUAAAAACAUGCAGAGCAGCCACGCCUACUGCACCCCCCUCAAUGCAGCUCUCCAGGCUUCCAUGGCUGAGAAUAGUAUACCUCUGUACACUACCGCUUCCAUGGGCAACCCCACUCUGGGCAACCUGGCCAGUGCCAUCCGGGAGGAGCUGAACGGGACCAUGGAGCAUGCCAACAGUCACGAGAGCGACAGUAGUCCGGGCAGAUCCCCUCUGCAAGCUGUGCAUCCCGUACACGUCAAAGAGGAACCCCUCGACCCUGAAGAAGCUGAAGGGCCUCUGUCCUUAGUGACAACAGCCAACCACAGUCCAGAUUUCGACCAUGACAGAGAUUACGAAGAUGAACCAGUAAAUGAGGACAUGGAGUGAACCUCUGGGCGGGCCGACCCCCGAGACCGAAGAUUGGGGGGAGAAAAAAGCAAAACAAAACAAAUCAAAUAAAAACAAACCACGUCAAAAGUUAGCAGUGAAAGCGUUCUCCGCUUGUUGUCCAGUCUGGAGGAUUUUCGCUACACUUUGACAACUCGGAAAUGUGUUAACUCUUAGUGCCAUCAAGAAUCCCAUUUGGGAGUAUUUUUGAUUUUUCUACUUUUUGUUGACAAAAGGGAUUUGUACUCUGUGCAUUGGACGGACCUGUUUGGUACUUGGGAUUUUCCUCUUUGAGUCAACAUCAGUGUUGUAAAUUCGAUAAACGGAUUCACUUUUAGCAGCAGACUUUGAACUGCAGUUUUGUCCUGUCAAGGCCGACACCGAGGACACCCGACUGAGCUCGCGCACCUGUGCCGCAGACCAAGCCUUCGCCUGAAUUCAAGAUUCCAGUGGACGACCUGUUUGCACAGCACUGCAUGUUGAUAUCACUGCCUUUACUCACUUUGGGUUUUUUUUGUUUGUUUGUUUUUUGUUUUUGUUUUUGUUUUUUGCUUCCAGUUGGGAUGGGGAAGGCCUUUGUGUGUUUAUUGGGGGGAGGGGUUAAAAAUAAUUAUCCCAAACUUUUUAAUGUAUUGCUUUUUUUUUUUUUUUUUUUUUGCUUCUUCUAUACCAUUUUAAGUUCUGACCUCAGGCCUCCAUUUGGGCCCACGGCCUCUUUGGAGGCUUCACGUUUUCUGUACCUUGUGAUGAAUGUUAAUAGGUGUUUUUAUUAUACAAAGCUGAAUGUCAUUUCUCGUCUGUAGUUUUCUGGCACUCAUUCCAUUUUCCUAUAGACAUCACCAUGUUUCUCUCAAGUUUCAAAAAACAAAACAAAACAUUCCGUUUUGGUCUUUUUUCCGAAAAAAAAAAAAAAAUCCCAAAGGCUGCACCUUACACCUGAAGGUCCUCUCACAGGGACAUGAUGUCCUGCCAGAAAGAGAGUGAAGGACAGAACAAGAGAGAGAAACACACACGCACACAUUCUAGGAACAUAACAGAUUCCUUUCACAAAAGCAGUAUUGGGGGGACGGGGAUGGGAAUGCUUGAGAUUUUCCUUUUAUUUUCAUAGUGCCCACCAUUGUGAGUAACUGCCACCACAUUCUCUCAGCAUCAGGAAACACAGCCAAGAGAGACCCUGAAAAGAGUAAACAAUCAUUCAUAAUUAGACUGGUAUGACGGCCAUGGCAGGCGCUCCCCUGUAUCAUGAAGUGGCCAGGACCGCAGACUCUGGGAGGUCCUUACCAGCAUGGGUUGCUUUGUUUGCAAGAUGACCAAAAAGCCAGCUGCCCUAACUAACUUUACUCAGCAUGGGGACAGCACUGAGUUCGUCCAUCAGUUCAGACCUGCUUGGUGGCAGCGGCGGUGUUCGUCUGUUUUAAUGCAAAUGAGACUUCACAUUGAACUUGUGACGGGAGAGAAUGAGGACUGAGCUGGGCAGAUGCUGAUGUUCCGGUUUCCAGUGUGCAAAGCCGGUCCUGCAGUUCAGUCUGCGCUGGGAUAGGAUCACACCAUCCAUCCCAGGAGCACAGACUAAACAGAUGACCCCAGUAGACAGACGGAGGCUCCUGGGACCAGGGCCCUCAGAACGCUAUGGCUCUAGGUCAGUAUACCCUCAGCCCUUCAAAACCCCCCCACACUUCGAUCUACACCCACUUCCCUGGCAUUUAUUUAUCUAGGGCUGUAGCUUUUGGUUGGGUUUAGUUUGAGAGCCUUUUGGAGCUUAAUUUAUAUACUUUGUACUUUUUAUUUCUAAAAUUACCAAAGAUAUUAUGCAAAGGUAAAUUAUUUUCUUUUAUGCUUUAUCUGAUGAAGCCAAAUAUCCUCUUAUUGUUGAUCAAAGGAGGCAGAAGGGUUCAGAGGCAAAUGAUGAGGUCCAGGCUGUUUGCCAGCCUAAGGGAGAUAAUCUGCCCCCCCCCCCAACAGCAUUCAUUUAGCAGACUAAGUAGGCAAUGGAACCAAAGUUUUUUACUUUUUUCUAUUUUUUUUCCUUUUUCUUUCCUGUACCUGUACAGAGACCAAAACUAACUCCUAAAAGGAGAAAAUACGGGGCUACUGCAGAGAAAAACAAACAGGAAAACAGUAUUAUAGCUCCUAUGGAAAGAUUGGGGUACCAUCUCAAAGCAAAAGAAAUGAAUGUAUGAUACUGAAAAUUAGUGUAGAAAUCAAGGAGACACUUAGGAUGAAUUCAGAGAGAACAGAAAAGUGUCCGACUGCACCAGGCCACUUCUAGAAUAAAGAGAUUUUUUUUAGAACACUCGUAUGCCACUUUUAUUUAAGGGCUGUGCUGUGAUCGCUGCAUUGAUUUUGUUUGAUCUUGGCAUAUAUCCUCUAGUUUCUUGCUGCUUUUGGUUGUUUUUCCUUUUUCAGAUUAUGAUUUGGUCAGCAUUUUUCAUUUCCACAGAGAAAGGUAACAUUCCCAUCCACUCAUAAGCGUAGACUAGAAAGUCUUUGGCAAUUACUUCUGAAGCUUUACUCUGCUUUCUGUAGAGGGGCGGUCUGUGCUUACUCAUGCCCCACCCCCCACCCCCCACUUUUCCAGGCAGCUUCACGAAAUGCAGGCAGUAGCCAGGCAGGGUCAUGGGAAGGGGGCCUGUGCUUCUAAACUGAGUGGUUGCUGGUUAGAUAUUCAAAAGAGGAUAAAAAUCUGGUAGAUUAGUUCCUUCUCAGCAUGUGUAGCUAGACAUGAGUAAAGAUAACAGCAUGAGAACCGUUAGUACGCAUACCUCAGUUCAAACCUUUAGGGAAUGAUGAAAACAUUUAAAAAUAUACAUUUCACUCAGUUGCACUUAGUUGUAUGUCUUGCAUGCUUAGUCUAAAGACUGUAGCAAAAAAAAAAAUAAAGAAAAAAGAAAAAUUAGAUUUUACAUAUCUUUGCAGGUGUCACAGCCUUGCAGAAGAACCAACUCAAAAAAAAUAAAAGAAAGAAAAGUUCUCAGGCUUUACAGCAAGCCAUCUUCACUCUGAUUUUUACAAUUCUGAUUCUGUCCCUUGGGGGGGAUUCUGGUCGCUUCUUUAGAAUGGGGUUGAUGCGGUUGUACAUAUAUCUCGAUCUGUCUGUGUGAAUCUUUGUCUUUUGUGGGGGAGGGCCGAGGGCAGCUCUUUUCUUUCUUUCUUUUUUUUUUUUUUUCUAAUUUUAUUUUUUAGGUAUUGUUCCUAAAAAGGAAUAAAUGCAUACAUUUGUUUGUCAAAACAUCUUUGCUUUUUGUGCAACUGCAUUUUAUUAAUGAUACUUUAAAAAAGAAGAAGAAGAAAACCACAGUGUCUUUGGGGGGAAAAUCUACUGUAUGUAAUAGAUUUGCAGCCAAUGCUGCACCUGUAUUUUAUUUCAUUACCCUUGAUUUAUGAACAUUGGAUGACAUGUUGACAUGUGGGAGGAAAGAAGAAACUCCAGAACAGUUUUUUUUUUGGGGGGUUGGGGGUUUUUUUGUUGUUGUUUUUGUUUUGUUUUUGCUUUUAAAUUGUAAUUGUAACAUAGUUGACAUAAUUUGUUUCCUAUUCUCAUUAAUUGGAACAUUUUGUACAGGUUCAUGGGGUGGGGUGUGUGUGAGUGUGUGUGUGUGUGUGUGUGUGUGUGUAUGAGUGUGUGUAUGUGUGUGUGUGUGUGUGUGAGAAUCUGUUUUUGAUACAUUCCUGUUCCUUGUGUUGAUCCUACCACUGCCUUCUUGACUAUCUUAAAAGAAGUUCCUAAGUUUGAAAUGAGAAAAAAAAAAAAAAAGUUGUUUAAAAAAAAAUGUUCUCUCCUGCUGCAGUCAAUAUUUUUGCAUGAUGAAAUUCCAGGGUCACACUUUCAAAGUUUUAUCAGUAAAGUAGUGGUUAAUAAUGGGAAGUGUUGAAAAUAUUGAACUUUUUGUAUAAAAACAAAUUUACAAGGUCCCAAGGUGUAGACAAUUUGUUACUUUUUCUUUCCUUUCUUAGUAAAACUCAAGCAAACAUGAGGGAGGUUGGCCCAUGUGUCAGACUCACACAGUCGUGAUGAAGACCCACCCUUGUUCCUAGGGUCUGUCCAGGUGAAAAGGCUUAGGUUGCCAUAUUGCGCCAGCAAAUGGUGAACCAUCAAGACUUAACGUACAUGGUGACCUAGCUGCCAGUGCCCUCCUCACAUCAGAAGACAGUUGACUUGACAUUCCCAGCAUCCCUCCCGUCAGCCAUAAUAAAGCAAGCCUUGGUUUAAAAAAAAUAAACAAAAUAAUUGAACCAAAAUGUAAUGUAAAUCACUAACUCUUAUUUUUUAACUACACACAAAAUCAAAUUGAGAAGUCUCCUCCUUUCUACAUUCUAGCUGAGCUCUCAGUCUCCAAGCGCGUAAAGCAGACUCUGCUUAUGACUUUGAAUCUUUCUGGUACCUUCUGGUCAAUGCCAUACCCUCCGGACAGUCUGGAAGUGUUUUGCAACUCGGUUUCACUUUCUUAUCCUGCGAAGCAAUUGGACAGUUCUAAGGGCGUCUCGUGGGUCCACUGUAACUCGAUGCAGCAGCCCUGCCACCCAGGCGCCUGGGUGGAGCUGGUGCGGUCUGGGUUGUGAGCGUGCUGCUCUCUGUGUAUGUGCUGCCACUAACGAGGACUGUUUUGUUUUGUUUUGUUUUGAUAAGGCAUAAAAGAAUCUCAUUCCUUGACAUCAACUGUAAUUCCAUCAUUCCAUGUCUGUGGAUACAGACAAUAAAAAAAAAAAUGUUGUGUAGUCAGUGAUCAUUUACUGACAUGAGAGCAUUCUCAAAUGCAAUAAAAAUGCUGGUUGUUCACACUGGUA